AUGUCAUUGUCAAACAGCACUAGAUUGCAUCCCAGUACCUUUCUUCUCCUUGGUAUUCCAGGAAUGGAAGCCAUUCACAUCUGGCUGUCAAUCCCCUUCUGCCUUGUUUACCUGGGUGCUCUCCUGGGAAAUGUCUCCAUUCUGUCUAUUAUCAGAAUGGAUUCCAGCCUCCAUGAGCCCAUGUAUUUCUUCCUCUGUAUGUUGUCUGUGGCCGACCUGAUCAUCUCAACCACUGCCAUGCCUAAAAUCCUCAGCAUUUUUUGGUUCCAUGACAAGAAGAUCAAUUUUGAAGCCUGCCUUCUACAAGUAUUUCUCAUUCAUUCACUAUGCAGCAUGGCUUCUGGGUUUAUCUUGGCCAUGGCUUUUGACCGCUAUGUGGCCAUCUGCAAUCCUCUGAGACAUUCCACUAUCCUGACACAUAGAGUCGUCCGGAAUUUGGGGCUGACCAUUGUUUUCCGAGGGAUUGUGCUUUUCAGUCCACAGCCAUUCAUGCUUCGAUGGCUUCCUUACUGCCGAACUAAUAUUAUCCCUCAUACUUACUGUGAAUUCAUGGCUCUGAUCAAGCUCGCUUGUGCAGAGACGAGGAUCUGGCGAAUAUACAGCCUAACUGCUGCCUUCCUAACAGGGGGGUUAGAUUUCCUAUUAAUCAUAUAUUCCUACGUAGUUAUCCUUUACACUGUCUUCCGUCUUCCAUCCAAGGCUGCGAGGCUCAAGACCUUGGGCACCUGCGGAUCCCAUGUGUGUGUGAUCUUAGUAGCCUACACUCCAGCCUUUUUCUCCUUCCUCACUCAUCGGUUUGGGCGCAAUGUCGCUCCCCAUCUUCACAUCUUUGUGGCUAAUAUCUACCUCCUUGUCCCACCUAUGGUGAAUCCAAUGAUCUACGGCAUAAGAACAAAAAGAAUCAGAGAGCGUUUUCUCCAAGUUUUUAUGUCACCCAAACUCUAA